UUGAAUUGGGAUCAGAGACCAUGCAAAAGCAUUCAAACAGUAACUCCAUCCACGGCUUCAAGCCGGAAAGGCCAUGGCUUCUAGGCAUAGCGGUUAUUGGUUUAUUCGGCAGCGCCCUUCUUAUCGCAACCUUUUUCCGGACAUCCAACAAUCCCAUCGCGUGCAAGAUGGCCGGCAUGGUGUCGGGUCAGCCCGCCACUGAUAUCCAAAUGGAGGCCAUUAUCCAUUACGCCACCACCAAGAUUACGCCCCAACAGAACAUGGAUGAGAUUCGGAUUUCCUUCGACGUCCUCCGAGAUCGAAGCCCCUGCAAUUUCCUGGUCUUCGGGCUGGGCCAUGAUUCCCUGAUGUGGUCGUCGUUGAACCCCCGCGGCAACACGCUGUUCCUCGAGGAGGAUCCCAAAUGGGUGGAGACCGUGAUCGGGUCCGCCCCGUACCUCAAGGCCCGCACCGUCAAUUACCGGACCCAGCUCUCCCAGUCCGACGAGCUGAUCCGCCACUUGCACCAGGAGCCCGACUGUUCCCCUAAGAAGUCCUUCAUACGAGGCAACCACCGCUGCAGGUUGGCGCUGGACAUGCUGCCGGCGGAGGUGUACGACAACGAAUGGGACCUGAUCAUGGUGGACGCCCCUAGGGGGUGGUUCCCGGAGGCGCCGGGGCGGAUGUCGGCGAUUUACUCCGCUGCAGUGAUGGCGCGGAACAGGAAGGGGCCGGGGGUGACGCAUGUGUUCCUUCACGAUGUGGACCGCCCCGUGGAGAGGACAUGGGCAGAGAGGCUGCUGUGUAGGAAAUAUUUGGUGAAAGAAGCUGGAAGGCUUUGGCACUUCGAAAUCCCACCGGCUUCUCCUGAUAAGCCUAGCAAUGAUUUUUGCUAGACUACUUAUAUUUUUCUUGCUUUAUAAGUAUUCAUUUUUAUUCUUCAAUUCUCGGCCUAUAACUAAG